ACAAAUUAGUUCCUUACCAUAAACCUCAUGCUUACAGGAUGCUUCUGGAGGACAGAUCAAUCAUUCUUUAGUCCCUUACAGAGGGGAAAAAGACCCCACAAAACGCCUCUUGAGAUGAACUAGCGCAGCACCAUUGUUCAGCUGGCUGGAUUUCACACACUACAAUGAAGAUACUGUUUUUCACUGGACUGCUCUCUUUUACCUCCAGUCUUUGCACCACAGCUUCAGAAUUUUCACGGAAUGGCUCUGCAAUUAAAACAGUGUCUCUUAUCAAAACUUUUCGUGGAAUUUCAGCGAGAGACUAUGAUUACAUCCCCCCUUAUGCUAUAGAAGGGGAAACAACAACCAUCCGUAUCAGAGAAAACAAAUGCACUUCAAAAAAGUCAAAUGACUCCACGUUAACAGAAGUGAGCAACACCACGCUGGAGUACCUCACCAGCUCUCUGAGCACCAAACUAAUACCCGCUGUCUACCUCAGUGCUCUUUUAUUGGGUGUACCAUCUAAUGCCAUCAUUCUGUGGAUGCUCCUCUUCAGAAUCCGCUCCGUGUGCACUGCUGUCCUCUACACAAACCUGGCUGUUUCAGACCUGCUCUUCUGCGUCAUACUGCCCUUCAAAAUAGCCUACCACAUCAACGGGAACAACUGGAUAUUUGGGGAGACCAUGUGUCGAGCGACCACAGCGGUGUUUUACGGCAACAUGUACUGCUCCAUUCUGCUGCUCACGUGCAUCAGCGUCAGCCGCUACCUGGCCAUCGUUCACCCCUUCACCUACAAGAGCCUCCCGAAGCGCGCCUAUGCCAUCGCAGCCUGCGCUGCCGUGUGGGCCAUCGUCUUCCUCUACAUGCUCCCGCUUGCCAUCAUGCAGCAGAGCUAUUACGUGAAGCAGCUGGACAUUUAUACCUGCCACGACGUGGACAGCGCCUGUGAAACUGUGUCUUCCUUCCAGUUCUACUACUACGUGUCCUUAGCUGUAUUCGGGUUUUUAAUACCGCUCGGAACUAUCGUGUUCUGCUAUGUCUCGAUUAUACGAACACUCAAGACUCACGAAUGGUUCUGGUAUGUUAAAGUCAGUCUUUUGAUUCUUACCAUCUUUGCUAUUUGCUUUGUGCCAAGCAAUAUUAUCCUUAUUAUCCAUCACAUCAACUAUUACUAUUACAACACAGAUAGGUUGUAUUCUUUUUAUCUAAUUGCUUUAUGUCUUAGCAGCCUAAACAGUUGUCUUGAUCCUUUCCUUUAUUUUCUGAUGUCGAAAAUUAGGAGUCAAUCCAAUCUUUAUCUGACAAUGGUUAAAAUAUCCAGGGAAAAAUGAAUUUAUUACUGGAAUUAUGGUUUUGUAUAGUACUAACGCAGACAGCAACAAAUCUCAGGUGCGACAUUUAUACUUCAAGUAAAAUGGGUUAGAAAACACAAUCUCAGUUAAAUUUACUUCUUUCCACAGGAAGGAAUAUCUCCAAAAAUACACUUCUCCAGCUCUAACUUUAUUACGUAUGUUGCAACACCUGUGUACCUAGAUUCAGGGAAGUAGCUCUGCACCUCCAUAUCUUUCUGAGAUCACUUUCUGGCCAUGGAGAAACUGCCAGAGUAUCAGUCACCAUAGCCUCUAAACACUAGAAGAGGUGUCAGCAUCCAAAGAGCACUUCUAGGGCAAUUCAUGACACUUCAGGUUAGCUCUCAGCCAACAAUCACUGUAGGAACAAUGUUACAAAACCAAGAUUUUGGCCUGGUGAAAAUGCAAACAAGCACUUUCUACAUGCCUGGGAGCAGUCAAGAGCAAAUACUGCCCUGGAUGUUGGAAAUACAGAGUCCUCAUAGGUUCACAUAACAGUAGGUCUACAGCCAUGGACACAGAACCUGACUCUUCCAAGGCUACCACUCCCAUGAGGCUGCUUAACCAGCUCUGCACUGGAGACUUGUUCUUCCACUUGGUCAGCGCCCGCACUUCCCUAACUCACAGGGAUUGCUGGGAGCUAACCCUUAUCAGUGUGAAUCCAGGCAUAUAUUACUCUUGCUUGGUAAGUGAAACAGGGAAGCUAUUUUGUAGUAUUCUCUAUUUCCACAUCCUCACAGGAAAUACCUACAGUGUUACAAAUACUGCAGCUAGUUACCAUUGACUAUUAGUAAAACAAUGGGUCCAUUUUUACCUUUACAGAAACUCAAAACCUACUUACAUACUAAGUUCCUAGAAAAUUACCUCAGUGGUUGUCAUUUGAAUUUGUAACUGCAGCAUGUAAGUGAGGAUGAAUAUGUUUUAUGUUGUUUUGAUAACAGUAUUGUAAAAAAACUUCACUUAAAUAAAAUGAGUUGCACUGGAAAAUGCCUCAAGGGAAUUUGCAGCCUGGUGAGGGUCCCCUUUUUCUAUUUCUCCUGGCUCUUAAAUUAAGUUAGUUUUAAUCCUGCCAUUCCUUCAACAUGCAUAAGAACAAUUUUUAAAGAUAACUCUAAAAUAAUUCAAAUAUUACACAACUAUUGAAAAUAUGUUUAGUUAGGUGAACCUAACUAAAACCUCUGUACCUAUCACACAAAAAACGCUACAACCAAACAUAGUAAUUUGGUCCCUCUGUUAAACUUUCCAGUUAUCCACAAUAUGCUCACUUAAGACAGGGUUUCUCUUCACUGGGACCUGAAUACAUUUGGCUUGAAAAGGCAUUCAGAACUGUUAAAAGCUGUGGUUUACGAUUUACAGGACAAAAUGAGUUCCAGGUUUGCAUUUUCAGUUUCAAGCAAGGAACAAAUAGGUCAGAUCUGAGAUAAGGACCUCAGAUUAUAAGGAUAAUGUGUUCUGACAGAUUUGGGUGCAGACUCCCCCAGAUCACCACAGCUAUGGGGAAGUGACAGCAAGCUUUUUAGAUAAGUGAGUAGGUUUGACGUAUAUGUUUUUCCAGAUGUUGGGGCAGGAAGUUUAUAGGGAGAUCUAUCUGAUCCUUGUAAAUCAAAUACUUCCUUUUACCACAGCUCACUCUUAAAACAUGCUAAACACAAAUUCCGACAGAUCUGCUUUUUAAACAGGGAUCAGAAAAAAUGGAAAAUAGACAGUCUUCAGAAAUUGCACUACCUUUACAAUUGUGUUUGGAUUUUUUUCAAGGAAAUGUCAAUUGAAAUCAUAUUUUUACGUAAAGAAUUGUCAUAUCUAUGACUGAUCACUGUAAAGAGGAAGUAUGCAUCUGAGUGUUUCUUUUGGGAGCACUGUGUCUUGUUCUCUUCUGAAACAGCAGCAACACUCCUUUUCACAGAGAAGGUGCUCUAAGUAGUUGCCAAAAGACUGCAAAACCAAAAUAGCUCAGAAGAGAAAGGCCAGCUGAAGUCUCUGGACUUCUGGAACAUCAAAAAUCUUAUAAAGAGAAGACUUCAAAGAGAUUCUACAAAUUUUGUUCCAAAAUUUGGAAACACUCAUUUGUUUCCUAUGAGUACAUUCACACCAGGACAGGAGUAGGCAUCAGGUUUGCAUCUGGGAGCACUGGGGCAGCUGGCAGGAGUGAGUCAGGGUAGGACAGCUGUGUGCAGGCACCUGUGGGCUGUAGGUCAGUGCCUUGGGGACAUCCUGGCUCACUGUGCACACACAUGGCAUGCCUUGGGUCAGCACUGUGCAGCCAGCACCCUCACUGUGCACAAACACUGACCCCAGCCCAUCCAGGACAGGUGAAGUCAGAGUGCACGAAGCCCUCCCCAGCACACAUGGCGAGAGAGAAGGCUUUUCAGCUCUGAGGGCUCAGUGAAACAAGCCCUUACCUGGGAACCCUGGUGAGAAAAUUGAUUUGUGCAAACACCUUUCCUAAGUUCUGAAAACAUGAAUUCACAGCAGGUACCCCAGGUGAGGUGACACAAAUGCUGGAAGAUACUUUACAAGCCAAUGUUUGCAGACUUUCCCUAAUUCACCAUGUUACCUCAGGGACAUACUAUGUGAAUUUUAAUUGUGUUCUCCAGACACUGGACAUUUUAAGUGCUGUGCUCGUAGCUUUACUUAACCUUGUGUUCAGUCACAUCCUGCAAGCUGCUGGGCUGAUCUUUGUUUAUGCUUCCCUGAGCUGUAAUGCUAAGCAGGCCACUGCUUUUGGGGAAGCAGAUAGCAACAUCCAGUUGAGAUAGGUUUAAACUGAAGGCACAUGCAAAACUGUCAGCUUGUUAUUGCAUGAUAAAGCUGUAAAAGAAAUAUAUACAAAACUCCACUAUAAUAAAACAACAUCAGCAAAGGAGAUGCCUCAAAAUACUUCCCGAAGAUUUGUUAAAUAACAUAAUAAUUGUGACUUCUUUCUGGCAAAAACCUCACUUUCCAUCCAUAUUGUAGCUAUCUGCCUGACACAGUCCUAUAACUGUAUCCUCAUACAAAUUCCUGAGUAUUGCUGCUGCCUGUAUUUUGUAAUAGCUGCAGCAACCUAGGAGAAUUAAAGUAAGUGAGAUUACAGCAGUAGUAAGACAUAUGCAGAAAAUGUCUUAAUUUUAAUACACUGAGAAUUAAUCCAUUUUGCCAGUCAGAGUAAGUUAUAGUGCAAAAUUAUGUAGUGCCAGUUUGUUGUCACUGGCUUAUUUACAACCUCACUGGGCAAAGAUAAUGCAAAUAUCAGGGAACCAGGACAGGGACACACAAGCAAGUGAAAAGAAUUAGC